AUGAUUCUAGGUCAAGUACUAAAGAAGGUAAUAGUAGGAGCACUCGUACUAGCUUGUUUCCAGAGAGCUAAAGGAGUAGUAGACAAUGAUGUACUAAAAGCCGAGGUUUACUGGGAAGGCAAAAUAGCUUGUAUGAGUAAGGAAUUUGAAAGCCGAAAAGAAUUUUUUGACAGAGCAGAGUCUUUCAUGUGUGAAGAAGAGCCAUCAGACGCUUUUAGCUUUGGCCUUAUGCAUGGAAGAAUACAUCUGCUCGCAAUAGAAGAACAACUAAAAGACUUUGUCAAAAGUGCAGAAGAUAUACUACACAUGCUAAAAAAACAGAUCGAUUUUUCGGUAUUUGAUAGAUCUCAACUGAAAGACUUUUUAUUGAAUAUAUUUGAUCAAGAGGUAAAUAAGGUAUACAGUAGCUUAAGAAACUCAUUUGCAUCAGUUCUUGACAAAUGUGAUGCAGUAAGUGACGAAAUAAAAAGAUUUGAUUCGCACAUGCUGGGAGUGAUAGAGCAAUGCAGUGACAGCAUGCCGGGCGCAAAAAUACAAGAGCUAACUAUAUUCAAGCUAGCAAAGAUGAAUAAGCCUUUCGCUGCAAGUAUAGUGUACAAUCUUUUUGGAAAAGGGCCGUUUGAAAGAAAAUACGAUGCAAAACAGACAAUAAGCAGCAUGUUCGCAGAAGUAAGAGAACAUCUUCUUGUUUCGGAUUUUAUACCUUAUAACAAUGCUCUAUUAAGAGGUAUAGAAAAAGGAGAGACAAACCUACUUUUGCUAGCUGAUAGACAUUUUCAUCUGCUAUUUAGCAAAUACGGAGUUGAAGCAGACGUGAUGGACAUCUACCUCAGCCUAGCAAAAGAGAAUAUUUCAGAAGAAGAAAUCAGUCAGCACAGAGACAUCACUCCAGGGCAGGUUAUGAAAGUGAUAAUAAUGGAAAGCGUGCUGUGCAGAGAUUUUAUGGGUCAUAGAACAAACGUCCUAUUUUCUAACCUUGGAAAAGUAAUAGAAAACAUAGCAAAACCAGCUGGUAAUAGCGAAAAUAUUCAUGUGCAUAUAGAAGCAGCAGGGAAAAAACAAGACAAGAUACUCGACGCUUUGAAUGUUCUAUGGAAUGGAAACGAAGUGUUUGGAGAAAAACUACGAAUAGAAAACAUUAAAGCCUUCUGUGCACAGAACAGCAUAUCGUAUCUUGAUUUUAAAACUUUGCAAAAUAAUUUUGUGAAUGCUAGAUGGAUGUAUAGAUUGGAUCCGCUUUCCUUCGCAUCAGAGAACAUAACUAGUGAGCACAGGAAGUUCAGAGAAAUGCACUUUGACAUGACUUACACUCACCCCAUGUACUUUAUCUAUCAGCGAUAUAGAAGCGCUAUUAGGCAGUCUGAAGACAUUAGCCGUUUAGUCAAUGCUAUGCAUCAGGACAGAAAGCCUUUUGCAGAAACAGACUCAAAUGAUGUUGCCAAGAUUAGACUAUACCGAAUAAGCAAGACAGACAGCGAUCUAGUACAAAGGAUAAACAUAAAAAGUUGCAUUAAAGCAUGGUAUUCAAAGUACAUUGAAAUUGCUGCUAGAAAAGAGGACUAUACACUAAACUUCAAUAUACUCACUCGAUUUUGCACAGCUUUUACUAAGUCGCAGUAUGUGACUGAUGCUAAAAUAAAGCUCGAAGAGACAAGCGAGCCCAGAGCCAAUGAAAGCAAUCCUCUGCAGGAUGACCGAAUGGAAGUUGAUGAUUUUGAACUAGUCGAAAUGCCAGACAGCCAGUGA